UACGUGAUACGUAUUACGCAGUGUGAUCCGCCGAAUUCCGCCAAUAUCGUAUUCUCGCCCGAGCGUUCGGGAUCGUUCUUAAUCAGCUAAUAUCGAAUUAUUCGAUCGGGAUCGUGUGCAGCAAGAUGGAGAGCAACAAGUCGAAGGAAGGUCGCAAAGGGAGUAAUCGCAGGAGAGGCGGCAGGAAAGAGGAGAAGCGCGAGCUUCGGAGGUCAAAGAGCUCGAAGAGCGAGGAGAAUGCCUCGUCCUGGACGUUUUCAUCCGUCGCCGAGAGUAACGUGGAUAUCAUGGAACUAGAGACGUCCUUGGACAUGGAAAAUUUUGACGAUCAUGGAAGUGAGAAGCUUAAGUCCUCGCUCAUGUGUCCCGCCCUACGUCGGCAAUUGCAAACACAUAGGAACGUCCUUCGGCUUCUGCACGAGUACAAGCUGAUCUCCACGCAGAUCAAUGGGCAGAGGAUUCUCAGCCUCCAGCCGAUGCGUUGGAGCGGGCCGACUCCCGGUAUAGACUGCGAGAUCUUCGUCGGCGGGAUCCCGAAGACGACCUACGAGGACACUCUAUCCGCUUGA